AUGGCUUCGACCUCACCCGCAUUUAACAAUGCCCGUAUCCGAAACCACGAGGACAAGGUAUUGCUGACGCGCAUUACUGAGUACUUCGAAGCUUUCGCCAAUGCCGAUGCCACGAAAAUGGAUAAUAUGGUGGCUGAUGAUUAUCACAUGUCCGAUAUCCCCCUCGGUAUUGUGAGGUCACCUAAAGAGACUUGGUUCCAACAGAACAAGGGAUUUGGCGGUCUUAUGAAGGAUAUCUCAGUUGAGGCCAUUUCGCUCCACGGCAGUUCCGAGCCCGGCUCGUGUGCGGUCUUGGAAAGCGUGACACGGUUCACAUUGAAAAUUGAUCCCCCCGAGGCAGCCAAGCCUAACCUUCCCCCCUGGAAUCAAGGCGGGCGAAUCCUCGGGUAUGAUCAUGCUAUCGGCGAUUUGGUGGGAUGGUGA